AUGGCGAAACUAUCAGAGUUUGAGGAAAACAGUUCAGGGUGGGCUUUUGAAAAAAUAAUAUCUUUGGAGGUUAAUAUUAACAAAUAUGAAAUCGGGAAUAGGGCUUCAUCCUUCAUUAAGCUACCGGAUCAAAUCCGAAAUAAAAACGCGUGUAUCAAUGUAAAAAACAAUGAUGAAGCUUGCUUUUUUUGGAGUAUAUUGUCAGCGCUGCAUCCUGCAAAAGAGCAUUCAUAUCGAACUAGUUCAUAUCCACAUUACACAACUGUCUUAAAUGUUGAUGGUUUGGAAACACCAAUGACUAUUGGAGGCAUUUCAAAAUUUGAGAAACAAAAUGGCAUCUCUGUAAACGUUUAUGGGCUGGAAAUGAAUGUCGCUCAAGAAAAAACAUUCUACGUAACAAUACCGUUAAGGUUGUGUAAAAUUAAAUUAACUAGACAUGUAAAUUUGCUGAUGGUACAAGAUAAAUAUUUUCCAAAAUUAAACGAUUAUGAGGCGCCUAUUGAGGAUGAUGAAAUUGUAGAUAUCAAAUACCAUUAUUGCAUGAUAAAGAAUCUGUCGCGGCUUGUAUCUAGUCAAACAAGCAAUUAUAAACGUAAAAUAUUUGUAUACGAUAGAUGUCUAAAUUAUUUUAGAAGUUUUGACAGACUAAAUGAUCAUGCAAAAUAUUGUGAGAGAAUCAACGAUUGCAAAGUUUCAUUUCCACCAUAUCAACAUGUUGAAUUUAAAAAUCAUGUGUAUAAGCAGACAACGCCUUUUGUUGUCUAUGCAGACUUUGAAGCAAUGCUACAAAAAAUUAAAAAUGGACCGCUUAAAAGUAAAACAAUUAAACAUCAGGAGCAUAAAGCCUUUAGCGCCGGGUAUUAUAUCAAAUGUUCUUACGAUAAAUCAUUAUCUUUUUAUCGAAGCUACGCAGGUACGGACUGUCUAGACUGGUUUGCCAAGGAAAUGUCUGAUUUGGCAAUGUUUGUACAUGGAAAGAUAAAGCAUAUUGAGCCCAUGAAUAUUAAACCAAACACUAAUGGAGCAACUGAUUGUCAUAUUUGUGAGAAGCGCUUUACACCCACAGAUACAAUUGUGGUUGAUCAUGACCAUUUUAACGGGCAAGUACGCGGAUUUGCGCACCAAGUGUGUAAUCUUAACUUUAGAAAACAGUUUGUUGUUCCGAUUUUUUUUCAUAAUCUUAGCGGUUACGAUUCACAUUUCAUGAUAAGACAAUUGGCGAAAAAAGGAAGUAUCAGCCUACUCCCAAUAAACAAGGAAAGAUAA